AUGGGAGUAUCACACAGUAGCCCUGCAAUGGAGAACCAGCCAGAGCAGGAAGAUCGUGGCGAAGAGAUGCCAGAGGAAGAAGAAGAACUAAAAGAAACAACACCUGCACAAGAAGUGGUGCCAGAAGCUGAAACUGGCAAAGAAGAACCACAAGGAUCAAGAGGCGGACCUACUCCAAAGAGGAUCACAGAAAAGAUCGUACUUCCCUCGGUGGACAGGACCGGACAGUCCCUCACGGCAUUCACUCGCCCAGAAGAGACUUCUACGCCUACUACAGGAACCAAGAGUAAGGCAGAGAGAAAAGAAGCAAAGAAGUCUGCGAGAAAAGAAGAUAAGAGGAAUCGAAAGCUGGACAAGGUGGCAAAGAAAGCCGAGGAGUCUGAAAUGGAAAGAGAAUCAGUACGAAGAAAGCUUGACAAAGCUCUGGAGAAUGCAGGCUGUAUUGAAUCGAUCGUGCUACUUGAAAAGGAGUAUAAAGCCCUUCGACAGGACCCAUCCCACAGACCGAAUUUCCAUUCUCUCAUCGAUCAAAUCAUCUCAAACUUCAAGUACAUACCCAGAACAGUACGUGAUGGCCCCCCGGCAGGGCAAGAAGAAAAGAAAGGACUUGAAGAACUUAAGAAGGAGUGCCAAGCCGAAGAGUCCCAAGCAGAAACUCCCGGAGGACCCGCAGAGAUGGAGCAUGAUGAAGAGUCUGCCACAAGGAAACGCAAGCUUGAGGAGCUUGAGGAGAAGAGACGUGUCUUGGCCGAAGAGAAUGCCAGAAUGCAAGAGGAGAUUGAGAAGGAAACCAAGAGGAUCAAAUCUGUGGAGGAAGCCGAGCAAAGAGCUCGAGAGCAGCGAGCGAAGAACCCCAAGGUACGAGUCCCAACUGAACCGGAGAAAGCUGAAAAGGAAGCAUCAUGGUUUGAAAGGAAAUCCGCAGAACUGGUGGAAGCCUACAUCCAUGGACAGCCGAAGCAGCAGGAGAAGUCCAAGAAUGCAGAGGCUGUGUACUUGUCUGCGUGCAAGGAUACUGAGCAGGCCCAAGAAGCUUUCAUGUCUGCACUUAAGAAGGUUCAGGACAGUGCCCAAGGACUCCAGGAAAGUAUGGGCAAAGCACUGGAAGCAGCGAUCGAAUUUGGGCGCGAGGAUGAAAGGAACAAAGUGUACACUCAGGCGAAGGCAAAGUGUACCAAAUCUGAAGUCCCUCCAGUUAAGGCAAGGCCCCAGAUCCCACCAGGACUCCAAGAGAAACUCAGGCAGGAGAAGGAAACCCAACAAGCUCGGAAAGAGCGAGAGCCUGUCAAGCCCGAACAGGAAAAGUCAUCUUGGAGACCUCGAGCACAACCAGCUGAAGAGGAGCCAGGAAAAGAGUGGACGGAAAAGGUUUCCGAGGACAUCUGGAAAGCAGAAAGGAAACUUGCGUCAGAUGAAAAGUUUUUGGACUGUGUCCAUUACCCGUUCUCCCCGGACUGGCAGGAUAGAGUGCGAAAGGAAUUACUGGACUUGGCCUACCGUGGAUUCAAGAAAGGCGAGAACGAGGAAGUAUAUGUCACCAGGAAUUUCGGUUGGCAGCUUCGUUCGAGCAAGGAAUUCCACGAAAUCGAGAACAGGUUACAGGAACAGUUCGGACUCAGACUGGUCUGGAAAAACACGGAAGUUAAAGGAAAGAGUAAGGCAAUGGAUGACUGGCAUUGCUACCCCCUUGGAAGAGGAUGCAUGGAAAAGUUGGGAAGGUAUGGACACUAUACCAUCCAAGGAAGUUUGCCGCCUAGUAAGGAACUGUGUUCCAUAUGCUGGACGAGCGGCCACUGGAGGAAAGACUGCCCCCUCGUGGACCUGGUAUCUCAGUUGUGGGAGCCAGCACUCACAGUGUUGGUACCAGGAAAGAAACUCCGGAGGUUCUAUCCGAUGCGGAACGUCGUCUGCGAGAAGUACAAGGAUGAAAGGGAUGAGUUCAGGAAAUACUACCCAGCUGUUCUACUCGCGGACUAUGGAGCUGUGGAUGGCAAUAUCUCCGAGACCAACAAGAGGAAGUACAAGGAAGAAAAGAGGAAGUAUCCAGACAGGUAUCCAGAGAUUGAACCUCCACCAGAGGAAAGAGGAAAAGGUAUCUUCAUACCACCCAAGCAAGCAAUUUCCCAUGCGGAAUCAAAGUCGAAAGCAAAGCAACCCGACUCCAAGGAAAGUACUCCUACCCCAAAGGAAAGCAUGGCGAAGCGCACAGAAGAACUUUUGGAGAUGCAAGACUCAGCCAAGAAGAGGCGAACCAAGGUGCUCGAAGGAGGAACGAAGGAGACGAUCGACGUGGACGCCGACCAAGAAACCCCCAGUAAGGCGACCUUACCACCAGGAUAUUGGGAAGACCGCCCUCGCCAUGGAGAAGAGGGAAAGGAAGCGACAAAGGAAGUUCUUCGUCAAAAGCUCGAAGAGCGCAAGAAGGAAAAGAUCGAAGAGUACCACGAGAAGAAGCGCCAAAUUGAAGGAUCCAAGGCGAAGUCAGAAGCAAAGCCCGAACAGACGCAGGAUGUUGAAGGAAAGACAAAGGUUGAAACUGGACCAGGACCAGAUGAAGCAGGAACGCCUACUGCAGCGCUUGAGCUGAUUGUACUCAUAUUUCUUCAGUUGAUCAUCAACUGCACAAAAUUAAAACAAGGAAGUUUUGAUGAGAAGGAAAGUAAAUCGUAUGCACAGUAUCCGCUGGAGGAGAAGAGACCGAAGCUAUGGAAGCAGCAGGCUCACCGGGAGCAAGUGGAUCGGAUGGACCACCCAUUGGCCCUCAGAGGAGCAGUAAAGAUGCUAGGACGCCCGCCAACCUUUGGUGGAGGAAAGACAGAAGUGUACGACUUCAUGGACUUCAAGGAACAGUUGUACAAUAUCCUAGCUUAUGCCGAACCCAAGUAUGCCGAAGCCUUCAAGAACAACAAGCCAUGUCUACGAAUGGAUUUGCACUAUGGAAAGCAUUGCUCAGGAUUUAUCAGCCAAGUACUAGGAGUGAGUUCAGUUGCCCAGAUAUCGACGCUUGAAGAAUUGGUGAAGGAACAUAUUCACUUGCAGUUGACGGAUAUAACAACGUAUGCUCAGGUGAAGGAGAGCGUACUUGUCGUCGAACGUACCACCAGGAGAGUGAGGGAAAGCUUCACUCCGAAACCGUUCUACCACAUUGGAACACCCCCUGUGGAGUUCCCAGAAGUCUUUCCCAUGACCUCUGAUGAGGAGGACGAAGUAGGAGGAGAUGAUUCACUGAUUCGGAAGAAGAAGAAGGAGAAGACCAAUCUGUGGCCCAAGGGUCAUGUAAAGGUUGUGGAACUAGGAGAGGAUGCAUAUCUUCGCUUACAACGGAAACUUCGACAUGAAGGAAAGCCCUACGACAAGGAAGCUUUAGAAGAUUCAGCACGAAGAGAACAUGAGUGGAUUGAACGUCACCUCGACCCGGAACGCAACACCAAGGAACAGGAAGUCGACAAAGUACGGAUGGUACGAGAGGAAGACUUUCAUGAUGUUGCGGAAUGGUUUGUCAUGGAUGAUACCGAUGGCGAUGACAAUUGGUGUAUGGUUGGAAAUGUGGACAGCCCCGACGUUAUCCGAGCCGUCCAGACGGAAGAACGUGUACCCAAAGAAGGACUGGAGUUGAUUAUCUUGGAUUCAGGAUCAGAUGCAAGUUUACUUCCCUGUGAUCAUCCUGAAGCAGUAAAGGUCAGUUCGGAGAACACUGGAGUAUUAUUGGAGGAUGCUCAAGGUAACCAGAUAAGGUCAGCCGGUGUCGUGGCUGCGGUCAUCGACCUCGAACAGGGUGACUGUGGGACAGAUAACAAGGAAAAGGCUCGAGUGGAAGCUCAACCAACAGAACCCAGUGAACAGGAUCACGAGAAGAAGAAUCCUGAAGCUGGAAAGGACGCUCAAGGUAGCCCGUAUCCUAUUAUACAGUUGGACUUUAUGUUCUUGCAAGGAAAACAAACAGAAAGAAAGACUGUGGAGAAAGUCUUGAAGUGGGUGCACAGCAUUGGACAUCUGGAAGAAGUAG